UGCGGGGCAAAGGGGAGGGAGGCUUGUCCGGGAUGGAGCUGAUGGUGCUGCUCAAUGCUCUGGUUACUCGCCUGCUCUUUGUGUUGCACUCUCUCAUCGGGGUCUGGAGAGUGACUGCAGCGAAGAAAGAACCCAAGUACUGGCUGCUGGCACUGCUCAAUCUUCUCCUGUGCCUGGAGACAGGGCUCACCCUCAAGUUUAAGCAAGGCAGAGGCUACAAAUGGUUUUCACCAGCAAUAUUUUUAUAUCUGAUUUGCACGGUACCAUCACUGUGGCUACUAGAAAUUCAUCAUGGGACUCAGUACUGUGGUAAUGAUCCUGGAGCAGUUCAGGUGAACGUCAGCAACCAAGACUUCAAUCAAUCCAGAGACAGCAGUCAUGGAAGUGAGGGAACAGAUCACCACAUCAUUCAGACGGCUAAAGUCUUUGUGAAUCAGCUCUCCACAAUCUGUGAGACUGUAUGGACACUGGCCCUCCACCAGACUUUUCUACUGCUUCUAGUAGUUGGGAGAUGGCUUCUCCCAAUUGGAGUUGAAAUCACCCGGGAUCAAUUGUCUCAGCUGCUUCUCAUGUUUGUGGGAACAGCAGCAGAUAUACUUGAAUUUGCUAGCGAAACCUUGGACAUCGAAGAUGUUCGGAAGAAUUAUGCUCUCAUAAAUGCAAUUCUUGCUGUAUGGACCUGGAGUAUGCUACAAUUUCCACUUGAUCUUGCAGUACAGCAUAUUGGCUGCAAACCAACUGCGUCAACUAGACGGAUCCCCAGCCUGCUGCUGUGCAGGUACAGCGCGGAACUGUGGAACAUUGGGGUUAGCCUUUUCAUACAGGAUGGGCCCUUCUUCAUUGUGCGUUCAAUCCUGAUGGGCCACUUCAGAAUAUUCAAUCAGAUGCUGGUGUUUUUUACAGCUAAGAACAUCUUAGUUGUGACUCUACAACUGUAUCGUUUGGCAGUGAUAACGUUAGACUUUCGUGCUACCAUUCUACAGAAGAGCAGGAAAGGAGAAGUCAGCUGUUGCCCAUGCGAGCCUUAUGAAGCUAGUACUCAUGCUACUGCUGACCAAGAUACUGAAAUGAAAGAAGAGUUUGUUGCUUUUCCUCCAAAAGAGGAAUCCCAAGCUCCAUCAGAAGAUCAGUGA